UGAUGUUCUAUUAUUGAUUUUGGCGAGUCCGUCAGUUUCGCUCGUGGUAUUCUAACGCGUUACCUCGAAAGUCGCCAACAUGGUAAUCCUACUUUUUAAAGAUAACAUGACUGCGGUGCAACCAAUUCAAACGAAUGGAGCGAUUAAGGGGUUCGCGAUGAACGAAAAGGAUAAGGUGGAAAAGGAAUAUUAUGCGAGCUGCAGUGAAACCGGCCUAGAUGGGCCUAAUCAAAUUUUACAGGCCGACUCAACGACCACAACGAUGCCGAACGGACGCGUGCGAAUAAAAUUAAGCAGAGAAGGCAUAGGUUCCACGCCGCCUAUAUCAGUUCCUGGAUUAUUAUCAAAAAUAGCUAAUGCAUAUCCUGAUCGAACUGCAAUGGUAGCGAGAGCUAACGAAAAUGGAGAAAGGAAGACUUAUACUUACAAGGAAUAUGAAUACCAAGUAAGAGUUGUAGCUAAGGCUUUCUUAAAACUGGGCUUAGAGCGUUAUCACGGUGUCUGUAUUAUGGGAUUCAACAGUCCAGAAUGGCUUAUUUCAGAUCUAGCAGCUAUUCAUGCAGGAGGUUUUGCUGUUGGAAUUUAUACUACAAAUACACCAGCAGCAUGCCAAUAUUGUGCUGAGAAUAGUCGAGCCAAUAUAAUAGUUGUGGAAGAUAAAAAACAGUUAGAAAAAAUACUGGAAAUAAAAAAAAAUCUUCCUUACUUGAAAGCAAUCAUCGUCUAUAAUGAAGAAACUAAAGAGGAAGAUGUUUUGAAUUGGAAGGAUGUAAUCAAAAUGGGUGAGGAGGAAUCUGAUGAUAAACUGAAUGAUGUUCUGAAGACAGUUGGUGUAAAUGAAUGCUGUACUUUGGUUUAUACGUCAGGUACAGUCGGAAAUCCAAAGGCUGUGAUGUUGAGUCAUGAUAAUUUAAUAUAUAACGCAAUAUCUAUAAUUGAUACUUGUAAAUUUGAAUAUGGAAAAGAAACUCUAAUUAGUUAUCUACCACUAUCUCACGUUGCUGCACAGAUAAUCGAUGUAUAUUGUUGCUUAGUAAUAGCAGCUACAGUAUACUUUGCUGAUAAAAAUGCGCUGAAAGGUACAUUAGUUGACACCUUAGUUGUGGCACAACCUACUAUCUUCAUAGGUGUACCUAGGGUAUGGGAAAAAAUUUAUGAAAAAAUGCAAUCAGUUGCACGUAAUAAUGGUGUGAUAAAAACAUGGAUUGCUUCUUGGGCAAAGUCUCAAGGGUUAUUUUACAAUAUGAAUAAAUUGAAUGGCACGGAUUUCAAGCACUGGGGCUAUCUAUUUGCUAAAUGGUUAGUUUUUAACAAAGUGAAAGCAACACUUGGUUUAAAUAGGUGCAACCUAUGCUUUUCUGCAGCUGCACCAUUAAGUACAGAAAUUAAGAAGUACUUCCUGAGCUUGGAUUUUGUUGUGUUGGAAGCAUAUGGAAUGUCCGAAUGCAGUGGUGCACAUAUUUUAAGUACAAAUGAAAACUGCAGGCUAGGUUCUGUAGGUAUGACGCUACCUGGACUUUCAACAAAAUUGGAUAAACCAGAUAGCUCCGGUGAGGGAGAAAUUUGUCUAAAAGGUAGACAUGUAUUUAUGGGAUACUUAAUGGAACCUGCAAAAACUGCAGAAAUUUUUGGUGAAGAUGGAUGGUUACAUAGUGGUGAUACAGGCACAGAAGACUCAGAUGGAUAUGUGUAUAUAACAGGAAGAAUUAAAGAAUUAAUUAUUACUGCUGGUGGAGAAAAUAUUCCUCCAGUUCAUAUAGAACAAUUAGUGUUAGCUGAAUUACCUGCAUUAAGCAAUGCUUUAUUAAUUGGAGACAAAAGAAAAUAUCUUACUAUAUUGGUUACUUUAAAGACUGAAAUGGACAAUGAAACGGGUGCACCAAAAGAUGAGUUUACGCCAGAUACUUUGAAAUGGUUGCAGUCUAUUGGAAGUCAGGCAAAAACAGUUUCAGAAGUUAUCAAUUCACGUGACCCAGUUGUAAGUACCAUUGCCAUUACUAAUUAUUAUAAUUUAUAUAAUAAUGUAAUAUUUAACUCAGAUAUAUAUAAAUUCUACCACCUUUUUCAGGUAUAUGAUGAAAUUGAUAAGGCAAUUAAAAGAGCAAAUUUAAAGGUUAUAAGUAAUGCACAAAAAGUUCAGAAAUUCCAAAUUUUGCCACAUGACUUCUCACUACCAACAGGUGAAUUAGGACCAACUCUUAAAGUAAAGAGAAAUGUUGUCCACAAAAUGUACAAAGACCUAAUAGACGACAUGUACAAGUAAAUAUGUCACAUGAAAAUGUGUUAAAUGUAUCCUUCAAAAAAGUUACAAUAUUAUCACAAAAAUACAUACUGAAGCAAUUGCCAAUCAGCCUAUAUAAAAUGCUUUAAUAUUUAAAGUAAUUGUGAUAUUAUACAAGUAAAAAACUGAAAUUUAAUGACAAUUUAUUUUUAACAUUUUUCAAUAAUUCAAGUUUCAAAGUACAGUUUGAAAUACUUUUCUGCAUCAAACAACAAUUUUCUAAUCAAUAAAUAUUUCAAUAUGAAGAAACUAAUCUUGAAUAUACUUGUUUAUUUUAUAAGGAGUUUUAUUGUUACAUUAAGGUGUAAAGUUUUUAAUAAUUGGCCAUAUAAUAUCAAAUAUAUUUGAAAAUAUGUCCUAGACAUAUAUUAUGAAAGAAA